AUGCCUCCCAAACGCGGCCCUGAGCCGUACCACCCUGACCCCAAAGAGGAAGGGAGCAUGGACGGUGUCGAGGUGGCAUCCCCAAUACUCUCGACUCAGGCCUUCGACACCUCAGUGGUUGCUCUCCAGGCCGGGAUUGAGCCAGAGUUCGUCCUGGUCUCCCGUUCAAAGGCUACCCACUGGCUUAAAUUCCCCAUCUCUUGCUUCGACAAAGAUACUUCCAUGCCAUUCAUGUCUGAUUGGGCUGUCGGCACCCUUCAGAAGAUAGCCAGCAUCAAGCCCAAGUCCUUCGCCAUAGUAACGCUCUCCAUUGAUGCCAAGCCCAAGGAGUCCACCGAAAACAGCACCGGGAAAUCCACGGCUACCAGCACCAAGGAGCAGUACCUCAUCUUCCAGGUUUAUACAACCCAUGAGGCCGAAGCCGCAUGUGAGCACGGAAGCAAGAACGAGAAUGGCCACGUCACACAUUUUGCAAUGUACACCCCCGAGGCCCAGGCCUUGCACCAGGGACGGAUUCUCCAUAUCAUCUCCCUGUCGUACGACACAACCGAGGACCAUAUUAGAGCAGCUGCAACAUAUUAG